UAUUGUUAAAAAUAAGCAGUAGAAUACGCAUUUAUCAAAUCUGGAUAAUGUUUCAGUCGAUCCGAACGAAAUGCAGAAAACUGUUACAUCAUCUGUCGCAAACGUUUCUUUCUCUCAAAUUUAUUUCAUUCUGAUUACUCAUGGAUUCAACACAUGUUAUUAUUAAUUUAUCUGCGACAUUUACAUACGUCGUAUUAUGGUUAUUAAACAGAGGCUAGUGGAAAAUAAUUUAUCUGGUGUUAUCGACUUAUAUGAAAUUUCGUUCAAAAUAGAAAUAUCGCAUUCUCGCAAACAGAACGUAUCGAUAUAUCGAAUACCCGGCAGGUUCACGUUAGCAGUGUAGUGUUUGGAAUGUUUAGGUUAGAGUAGCUAUUUUCAUAAUUAAAAAUAAUCACGGUAAUUCUGAAUGUCAUGUGAUUAGCGCGAGAUUUUUCGAUUUUUAUAGUGAUUAAUAUUCGAACGCGCGUUUGUUGUAUCGGAUCAGAUUUUCCGCGGUAAAAACAGUGCAUGCUGAGAAGGGAAGAGUGUCAAAAUAAUCUACCAACUGUUCUGUCAGAUGUUUUUUAUACGACUUUGAUACGAAAAGACAAAACUACGGUGAAAUUAAGAUACUAUCUUCAAGAUAUUUCAAACAUUAAAAAUGGCAGCGAGUGAACCCGGUGUAUCAUCAACUCCUAGAGAAGAUAACAAUUGGAGACGAAAUUUGAUAUUACAGCUCCAAGAAAGAAAUAGGAAGCAAACAUAUUGUUUUGCAGAUCUCAUCAGUUUGCACAACAGACUCUUUGAAAAUGCAAACACAUUGCGUACAGAAAAUAUUCAGCUAACUAUAGCAAAUGAAACACUCCGUCGAGAGGCAGUUAGUGGAACUCCUGGAUUAGGUGUAAAUACUGAUCUGGAAGCUCGUCUUUUAAAACAAGCAGAAGAGUUAGCUACAUUACAUAAAAGAAAAGGAGAAAAUACGCAACAAAUAGUAGAUCUUAAUAAUAAAUUACAAGAAAUGAUGAAGGAGUUUCAAGCAAAGGAAGCCAGCCUUUCUGAAAGUAUGGAGCUUAAUGCCAACUUACGUUUAGAAAUAAGUAAAUGCCUUAGUAGAGAAAGGGAGUUGGAAAGUAUUAACCAGAUGCUGAAAGAUGAACAUCAAGCUCUACAACUCGCUUUUGCAUCUUUAGAAGAAAAGCUUAGGAAAGCACAGGAAGAAAACCGCCAGUUAGUGGAACGCUUAAUCAAGUACAAAACAAGAGAUGCAGAAAAAGUAAAUGAAGAAAAUGACAACUUUUUGAAUGAGAGUUUUUCCAGUCCGACAGCCUUUUUGAUGAAUACCAUAUCAAAGUUUGGAAAGAGACAAGCAAAGAUGCAAAAGGAAUUGGAGGACGCUGCUCGUGACACACGACCGGUCAGUCCUGACAGAUCGAAUCUAAAAGAAGGAAUUGCUGGUCUUCCUACUGCGGUACCGACCAAAGUGUCGGUCACAUUUAAUGCUCACGACGGAGAAGUUUAUGCUGUAAAAUGGUCUCCUGUUGAGAGGAUCCUCGCGACCGGAGGGGCUGACAGAAAGGUGAAGCUUUGGAGUAUCACAAAAGGUACUUCGGAGAGUAAAGGAAUUCUUGUUGGCAGCAACGCAGGAGUAAUGUCUGUUGAUUUCGAUUCAACGGGGACGCUGAUCCUUGGAGCAUCUAAUGAUUAUGCCAGCCGGGUGUGGACUGUGAGUGAUCUUCGACUAAAGGUAAGUCGCACGAGAAUGGAGGAUCGACGGUUUCAGAUUGUCGAAGAAGUCAGUCCGCUUCGGAUGGUAUGUGUGUUAGUUUAUAUGGAGACGUAUUCGAGACGUAUCCCGAUGUAUUCGUUUCCAUCUUGCGACAUAAGCUCGAAACGUCGAGCCAUCUGUCAGCUUUGCAUGCUAAAGCUCCGCUCUGACACUUGCUGCACAAAUACGACACUAUUAUUUUUCCCGUCUCUGGGAUGCCUGUUAAAAACGACCCUCGACUUCGUAGACAGAAGCACGACGAUAAUAUCCUCCGGCUUUUCGUCGACUUCUCUUAUGGUCGUGAAAGUAGACAUGCUUAUGUAUUAAAUGUUAACAACCAUUAGUGGCACACUUUUUUAUUUGGGUUUUUAUUAAUUUUUUCAAUUUUAUUUGAGAACUGUUUCUGAGAUUGAGAAAAUUUCUUCUAAAACAAGGGAUGUUUUUAUAUUUUUUAGAAACUUAGAAUUUUUCAUUUUUGUGUAUUCUUUGUUAAUUUCUUUAAUUUCAUAUCCGGAAAUCUGAUUCCCCGAGAGACACCUGGGACAAUGAAAAUAAUUCUGGUAUAUUUUACCUGUGUUAUUAUCCGAGUAUUCAAAUGCUUCGGGUAAUUCCUCUAAUUUUACAUAAUAUUUCAUAAAAAAUGAUUGAAUAAUAUUCGAUUAAUCUUAAAAAACAUCUGCGCAACUACAUUUGAAAAACAUCGAAGAAAAGUUCAUCUACAUAAACACGUACUUGAGGAGAGAACGGUGCUGUUAAACCGGAUCCGUGCAUCCCCCUGUGGUCAGCAGAAAAUGCGGCCACAUUUCCACGUGAGGCGCCCUAAUCGUCCACCGUUCCGGAAGAGCACGGGACCAUGAUCGUUGACCGUGGUCUUGGUGGUCGUUGUCUUCUUCGAACGACCCAGCCUUACGAUCAAUUCGAAAGGCAGGGUCGUACAUAGAACUAGCCGAAGCUUGCAUCGUAGCAGGACCAAUUUUUCCUCGUUCGGUGGAACGUUUAAGGGGUGAGAAACGCGGCCGGGUACGUACGGUUAAGGUUCGUGCUCGGUAUUCCUAGCGUCGUGCAACGAACUACGUGUACAGCGAUCGAGUUAGCGAUGGUAGAGGGUCCGGAACCGUACGGACGGAUGUAUCCUGCCAGCUAGAUAGCUUCGGUACGGCUGAGCUGGCUAGAAGAUGAGACGAAGAGAAUGGGUUUUCGAGGUUGCUGAACGAGACACCGGUAUGUGUAACAAUCCGUGAUUGCUGUACCCACUGCUGGCUUCGACGUUCACCUUCGGGCUUCCUCUUUUCUUUCAGCCUGCUCGCGUUUUAUUUCUUGUUCGGUCCGCUCGUUCUCUUCCCAUCUCCGUCGCAACGAAACGAAGAGGAAGAAAAUAGAUGCACAUCGUAGCCGGCCGCGGGAUAGACGUUUGAUGCAAAAGCGCAAAAACAAGGGAAGAGAACGCGAAUCGAGCGGGCAAAGAACCGAAACGUGCUGGCGAAUCAGCCAACCAGUCAACCAGGUUAGAACUAGUCGAGGUAGCCACUAUCGAGUUCGAGUCUCAUUCAACGAGUUGGCAAACUGUUCCCAACGCUGCUCGUUCUCCCCGUUUCUCUCUGACCUCCCUGGUAUUACCACUUGAACGUACCGUGCGCGGAAAGGGGCGCGGUGAGACUCGAGGGAGAGGGAGAAAAAGGCUGGUUCGCAACGCGUUUUCUACCCUCUUGUAACUUUUAUGAUCCGCGUAAAGCAGCGAUUUUCAUCGGUUUUGCCUUCGCGCUCGUUGCUUUCUUCCUUCGCUUCUCAUCCCUACAGUCGUCACUGCACGGCCUCUAAUUAAUUCGCGUUCACCCUUCGAACCUAGCCUCCACUCUCUCUCGUAAUACCGAAACACAAGAGGAUGCUUGGAUAUAAUGAAGAAAGUAGAAGCCGAGUCUUUCGAUUCAUUCGAACGUUUCGGGGUUUUAAACCGCGCCUCGGUUCUUCUCCUAUUUAGGAGCAUCAGCUUUCAAGCUUCCUCAAUUCUGUUUUGAAUAAUAAUCUGAAAAAUAAUUAUUAUUUUCAUAUUUACUUUUUUUCCACGCGAUAAAAGAAGAAAAAUUAUUCAACACCCAUCGCGGCGCCCUUAGCACCCCGGUGUUUAUCAUUGCGUCCCGGGGCGAAUCGAGUUCCCGCCACCGUCAGCGUCGCGUCGCGUCGCUGUCGUCUUUGCGGCUGUUACGCCUUUUUAUCCGGUUGUACGGAAAAGGCGAUGUCGAUGCAACGUCGAGGAUGCGGCGGUGCUGCUUUAUUAGGUAUGCAUCGGGGUAGACACGGCGGAGAAAGGAGGAGGUGGCGGUGGAUAGAACUGGUGAUUCGCAGCCAGCGUUAUUAACGUCCAAGCGCUAGAGGCGAGUCCCGAUCACAUCGCGUUCGUGAUAAAUCGCCCCGUUCGCUUACCCCGGCCGGCCUCCUCCGCCAUUAUGUCUUGUACGUUUCAUUACAAAUUUCCUUUAAUGUCGUCGGGGGAUGGAGGCACGCACACAGGCGUGCACCGUGUCGCCAGACCGGGGAAUAAAGGGAGAAGAAUUUAUUGUGGGACGAUUCGAUGGUAGACAAGGCAAAAGUGAAUGCUCUCUUACGCUCUGCUGGAUAUUAAUUCUUGUUACUCAUACGUAGAACUGGCCGGAAGUGCACCGCGAAAACGAACAGAGGAAGCAGCCCUUUCUCACCCGCGCCGCGCUCGAUCGUAUCGCGAAACCGGGACAACUUGGAAAUAUCAUUCGAAGACUUGGAGGAUCUUACGUUAAGGCUUUCUCAGAGGUCCGCGGUUUAUUACCAACGCUUUUAACCCUUGAAGAGUUUGCGAAUGAUAAAUGGUAGAUCAAAUGUGACUCUACAAAACUGUUUUCCAUUCGUACUGUAGGAUAUUAAUUCUUGUUGCUCGUACGAAUUGACAUGUAAAUGUGCCACGUCCGCAGAAACGACAAACAAACAACUGGAACGGUCAGUUCAUCUUUCCUCGCUCCCCUACAUCGCAUUGUGGAAAGGUUUCUCAAACGUAUAUCUUGAAGACAACACAAGACGAGUCCCUUUGAACUGCUAUAUUAAAGAUGAUGUUUCUCAUGAAUUCUUACUGGAUGGUACGCUUUGAUUUAUUUCUUCGUCGAGUCUGUGUUCUACCAGGGAUUUCAUAAAUCCUGGUCCCAACUCGAAAAUUUCAUUUCUGACUUUCAGCGGCUGUUCUACGAUAGAUCGAAAGUAGAAUUCAAAUUUCACCUGUACCGAUGUAAACAUACCCGUUCGUCUUUGUUUCAAUUCCCUGGACGCAGUAUUUUUCCCCCUCUGUCAGCUGACAUAUGUUCGAUUCCACCUUUUCGAAGCAACCUCUUGCCUGGAUUUGUGUUUCGUCGAUCGGCCCGCGAGAUUCAGCGGCGCGUCUUCGAUUGCCGGUAAACGAACACGGCGGGAGAAAGUAAGAGUAGUCAGUAGGACGAAAAGGAUUCCCUGUAUCGUACCAACGACGUAUUUACGACGUAGCAUUCUUCUCGUUUCCCUUCUUCGUGGUUAGCCACCGUCCGAACGGUAUCGUCUUCCACGUCCAGUCGAUGCGAUGUUCCUGUGUUGGUAGUUUGGUAGCCCGCUUCGAAUGCCCUGCUCCCCGGAGUCCAGAGACAGCAGGGUCGUCAUUCUAUCCAUACCACGACAUUGCGUACACAAUUAUCGAAAUGGUAGCAGGUAUCACAGAGGCGAGGUUGGAAUGUAGGCUAUCGACCAUACCCAGUCAAGAGACCGACCUACGGUAAGAGAGGGGGCCAGAGGAACAGAGUAGACAAGGAGCUUCUUGCAUCGCGCCAGAGUGGAGAGGCUGGCUAGGUAGAUUCACCCGUUUACGUACACCCCUUGGGCUUGUCAUGCGGCAGCUAUCGGCCGACUGCGAUCGAGAGACCGGCUGUAUCCCCCAGUGCCACCUUGUUCUCAGCGGCUAUGUCGGAUCCGACAGGCGUGUGCUCAUCGCUUACCACGAUGGCUUCUCUCUGUUUCCUUCCUUGUCUACCUAUCCAUCCAUUUACCUAGCCGAUCCUCUCCCCUAUCCCUCCCUCUUCAUCCCGUUGUUACUUGCUUCACCGUCGUACCAGGCACAGUCGCGGCUACUACCAACACUGGGAUGGGUUAUUUCGGACCACGUGGGUGGUUGUCUAACGAGAUAUACGAGGAACACGUUCUGAAAGUGGGACAGCUAACUGGAGGACUGGCAAACUGUACUUAGAUCUCAGUGCUCUGUCGCGAGUACGCUAGGAUGAUCAAGGUAAUGGCACUGUUAUGAUCGUACCACAAAUUACCACUUGCCUCGACGUAACCGAGACCUGGUUAGAGGCAAUGUACACUGGCGGUUCUGCUGGCCUUACUUAGAAGAAACACUCGAAAAUUACUAGGCAUUAUGCUUAGUUUACAUAGAACGAAUAGGUAUUUGGUUUGGUAGUCAUUUCAGGGGAUGUUGAUUCGUUUGGUAUGUAAUUGGUGGAGUAGAUGAUAGACUUCGGUUAGAUACUCUUAGGCAUAUUUAAGUCUCCUCCCACUGCAUUGCAUUUUCCUCUAGGGAAUUUACCAUGCCCUGUUCUGUAUAUAAAAUAUAGCUAGGUUCAUUUAAAAUAGAUUUGAUUUGUUUAGUAAUUGAUAAAAUAGAUGAUGUAUUCCUAGGCAUAUUGAAGUAAAUCCCCUUUUCCCCUAGAGAAUCCUACCAUGCUCGGCACUGUACUUAACACACAGCUAGUUUCUAGACCCACCGAUUGGUCAUCCUUUUUAUCCACAAUCCGUUCACUGGCAGUCUUUAUUGCCUUCCCAUUAUCGAUCCUCAGGCUGAAUUGGUACCGGGUGUAUUUAUCGAGAUUCGUGCAAAAUGGUAAACCAACGGAGCCUGAUUGCGCGUGUACGAUUCGGUGCGACAUGUCGUGUAGUAGGUAGCCUACAAUGGCGUCGAGUAACGGUGUCGUUGUCGAGGGUGUAAGCUAUCCGGGUCUCUCUUUCACCAGCGGUUCCCUCUCGCUCCGAAUAUUCGUUUGCCCGUGUAUUUCCUGCGAGCUAAUUGCAACGCGAGCAGGAGCCGUUACUCGCCGGCUGGAUUAUGCGAACGACCAGUGCCGUUAAUUUCGUGCGUGGCCUUAAGUACCUAUCCUAAGGAUGAGAUCGCCCUUCGGUGAAACGUAUCGGUAUCCUUUUAAUGAAGCAUUCGGUUUCAUGAAACUCGAAUAACCGUUUCCGGCCUUUGUACCGCAAUGCCGUGAUUUCGUGAGCCAUUUCACGUGUAGCCAUUUCACGAUAUGCCAUCCCCACUCUGAAAUUCGUGGAAAAAGCAAACCCUCGACCUGCAUCUCUGACCCCUCUCGGAUGAUUUAUUAACACGGAUGACUGAUGAUGAAUUGUGAUGGGUCCUGACCUUUAUCCAUUACCUAUCAUGAGUUAUUUUUUUACAUCUGACAAAUAGGAAUUGCCCAUUUUUAUGGCGACAAAUGUUCGGACGAUCUUCAUCCCUCUUUUGUUAACUGCCUAGCGAAGAUGACCCUACAACCUAAUACCAGGUCCCUUGCUAUAAAACCUGCUCUCGAUCGAGGGCUAGUAAAGUUAAUCCCAGCUUCAAUUACGCACCACAGAUAUGCCGUUUGAACCGGUCGAUAUCAGUCACGCGAGAAUUCCAACCCCGGUGUGCGAACACGCUCGGUUCAGCUUGAAAAUCAGGCUGGCCAUCGAGGUAGCCUUUCUAAAUGGCCAAGUGCACGCCGUUCAACGCAGCACACGUUCGACAACGAAUAGAAUCGAUUAUAUCCGGAGGUGGAUCCUGGCUGUCUGUCUGUGUGUCUGUGUGUGUAUGUACGCGCGAAUAAAUCGCAGAAAUCAGUCACGUACUUCCAUCGGCCUUCGGAAUCACCGCUAAGCCCUUGAUCGCAAUUUAACCCCAGGGGCCGAGUAAUACCGGAUCGCAACGUCCGGGCGAUUAUCCAACCUCGCGAGAACUGUCUGCUUGUCCUCCGUUCAGCUUGCUCUUUCAGCUCGAUCAACGUUCAGCUUCGUUUACAUGCUCGCAGGGUGUCGAUCGAGGGUAGAAAAAAAACGUUCGGCUAACGCGAGGGCGUUUUAAAAUUGAUCUACCUGGUGGCGUUUUGUUGCCUGUCAGGCUUGAAGAACGGCGCAACAUUGAUUCUUCGCUUGAAAUAGUAGAGUUACUAUCUUAUCCUCGACGCGUUGAUUACAGGUCGGAGAAGAAUGAUACCUAUCGUUCCUUAAAUCAAUCAGAAAACUUUUGUCGAAAAAAUUGUUCGUUGUCAAAAGUUUCUAAAUUAAAAAAAAAAAAAAAA